AAAAUGUUUGUAGAUCUGCCCACAUUUCAGUUAUACUAGUUUUAACUGAAAACAAUUACAUUUUCCUUGCACUUUUAAGCUUAAAACUGAAAUAGGUCAGAAGUGGGCAGAGCUUAGAAAAACUCGUCAACUAACAAAAUAUGCAAAAUUGUGUGGUUGACAAUCUCGUAGUAAACAACGUUUCUGUAGCUCUGCCGAGAUUUCAGUUAUACUAGUUUUAACUGAAAACAGUCACGUUUUCUUGGCGGCUUUUAGCUUAAAACUGAAAUAGGUCAGAAGUGGGCGGAGUUAGUCAAAAAUUGUCAACUAACAAAUUGUGCUAAAUUGUGUGGUUAACAAUUUUGUAGUUGACAAUUUUUUGAUUCCAACAUUCCCCAGCAAGUUGACAGUCUUAGGGAGUUAGGUGUACAGGUGCGCAAAAUUUUGAUUUUCCAAUUGGGACCAAAAAUUUUCUAAGCUAGCCUAAUGAUUUUUCCCGGCAACUAGACCCUCCAAAAAACAAAAUAAACAAGAAGAUAGACCCUUUGGUCCCACUCUGUGCACUAAAAAAGAACAGCCGUCCCGAGCUACUCCAUUUUUUUUUAAAUUUCUCAUAUUUUUGUGCGGGGUACCGUGGUGCCAGAACGUGCCAAGAGAUAAUGUUUUAGUACACUGCAAUGCACAAAGAGCUCACGUACUUUUUUUUAAUAAACAUUUGACACAUUUUGAGCAAAGAUUGCAAGAAAAAGAGCUGGAGAAAUAAAAAAAGAGUUGAAGGAGGAAGUUUUGAUGCUCGGAAAAAUUUUUGGGCAGAGCUAGAACAGAACUGCCACCUAACAAAAUAAUUGUCACAUAUGUUUGCACAUUUUGUUAGUUGACAAUUUUUUUUACCGCCACCCAUUUUUUGGCUACAGUAGUUUAAACAUUAGGUUUGUACAACAAAAAAAUUUUUUUUUUCCAAUUUUCGAUUUUAUUUCCAAAUAUCUCACAAUCUAGGUAUUAACGUAUUUUAAAUUAUGGAUGAAAAUAAAACUAAAAUAAAGCACAUUUCAAACAAAAAAAAUUAAAAAAAUGCAUAGUUAGAGUAGAUUCGGAAGAAGCUCAAAUCCGAUGUGGUGGGACGUAUGGAACAUUUCUUGGAGCACAACAAUUCGGGUAUUUGAAGUUGUAUCUUUUUUGUUUUGUGAUUAUUAAAUUGCACUUCUUUUGGCGAAUUUCUGAAAAAAUAAAUUAGGUACUUAAAUUAAAAAUUCCAAAUUAAAAUUGAAAAAAAACACACAAAAUUUCAAUUUUGCCAGUCAAAUUUGUGAAUUGAGCGUUUAAUUUACUCCUGGGGGAGGGGGUUCGAAAUUAAAAAAUUAAAAAAAAAAAAAAAAUUUUUCUGAAAAUAAUCAAAACCUAUAUAUUUUGAAAAAAAAAUUUUUUUCAGUGUUUGGAGAUCUAUUUCGAGUCCUCUAACUACAAAAUUAACCAUUUUAAAGGAGUUUCAAAAUUGUGAUUUCAGAAUUUUUCAGAAUUUUUCUUGGUCUAAAUUUUGUGUAAAAACACUUCAAAAUUAAAAAAAAAGUCCUACAGCUUGAUCUGUUUUUUUUUAAGAUUUUAAAGAAACUUUGGUUUAAAAAAAACGAUGUAAUUUUCUUUGACGAGUAGUAUUUUUAGUAGCUGACGUAAAUCUGUAUUUAGUUUUUUCUCUCAACUUUCUGACUUUUUGAUUUCAAUAAUCCCUCCAUUUCUAUUCAUUUUUUAAAUUAAUUUUGUUUCAUAUUUUAUUUUCAACCAAAAUCCCCCGCUUAUAGCCCCUAAUCUGUCAGAAAACUGGGCGUGACUCUCUAAAAUCCCAUAUAAAUUUGAUAUUUUUUUACUCUAGCUCACUUUCUGAGUUAAAAAUGCAGAAAUUUUUGAUUUUCCUCUUUGUCAUUUUUUUUGGGGUCGCCGCAAACGUCGAACCAACUGUGCAGGAGUGUAAUGCUUUUUUCACCAAUCGCAUCGUUCAAGCGUGCCCGGAAGGCGGCUGUCGUGUUAGGGAUGAUUUCGUGCGAAACCAGUGCAACAUGAUGAAGAAGGAGGAUUGGUACUCAAAAUGCUGUGAUGCUUAUGGAGUUGCUCUUUGAGCAAUAUUUAUAUGUUGUAUUUUGUUGUAUUUUAAUCAAUUGUAUUUUAAUCAAUUUAAAACAAAAUAAAGUGAAAAUCUUGUU